UACAAAAAAUUUCAGCCUUCCAUUCCAAGAAUCAACAACCUCGUCCCCAAGCACCACUUUUGCAAGACCUCACAAAUCUCUGUACCUCCUACUCCUAAUCGACUAGACUCGGUUUACCUACGUUUCCCCAAUUUUUUUUUUUUAAAUCCACCUCCUCCUCAUCUUGGCCCCUCCCAUAGCCGAGCUCUCGUUCAAUCGCGCCACCUUGAUCUGACACAUUCCCAAGCUUCGGCAUCGCACGCAGCUCUCGGUUCUCCGUGGGUCAUCAGGCGUUCCCUUCUAUCCUUGAUCCUGCACAGCCCUUGUAAAGAUCCUCAAAUCUACCGCAAUGGCUCCCUCGACUAUUCAGAACCCUCCAGUCCAGACUGAGUCCAAGACCUCCAAGAAGAAGAAGGCCAAGGUUGGGCGAACAGACUCUCCCGCCCCAGUCACGGCUGCGACUUCCGAGAAGGCUGCUUCGGUUGCUGCCAAUGGCACGGGCCAGGACGAUGGUGAGAGCCCCUACGUCCGCGAGCUGCAGAAGAACAUUCGCAACGUCAACAAGAAAAUCACCCAUGCCUCGAAGACCGACUCGCUCAUCGCCGACCACCCCGGCAAAACCCUCGACGAUCUAGUGGCUGCCAAGAUUAUCAAUGCCGAUCAGAAGACUCAGGUCCUGAAGAAACCUGGAUUGCAGGCCCAGCUUGCCCAGUUGGAGGAGCAGCUUGCUCAGUACAAGAAGAUUGACCAGGAGUACCGAGCUCGCGUGACCACCGAGAAGGCGGAGCUUGAGAAGAACCUGACUGAGAAGCUGGAGAAGGAAAAGGCAGAUGCUGUUGCCGAGAUCAAGGAGAAGGCCGAGGCGGACAUCAACAAGUCAAUCCACGACAGCCUCCUUGUUCUCUCUCAGUUCCUUCGUCUUGCCGCCGCUCGCCGUGCCGAGGACGCUGAUGCCGGACUGGACGAGAACCUUGCCCUCGAGGGUGUCCUCUUGAACGUGUACUCGGGAGAUGAGAAUGCGGUUGCCACCAUGGUUAAGCUGGUGAAAGGUGCCGAAGAACCGACUAGAAGCACCGCUGGCGAGCCUCUGGAGACGACUUAUGCGCAGGUAAAGGCCGUGGCUGUGGCCCACGGCGCUCCUCUCUUCCAAACGGAGUCGUCCAUCCAAUCCGUAGAAUCUGAGGUCGCAGAGUCCAAGGAGCCACUCAGCACGGACCUGACCAUUGCGCAUGCAGGUCUGACCGAGAUCGACCAGGGCGAUACCGCCACCCUCACCAACGGCCACGCAACCGAACACGCUCAGGAGACCACCCAUACCGUAAACGCUGGCAUGGCUGACGGCGGUGCCAAUGCAGCUGGAGAGACCCCCAUCGACACUAGCAAUGAGAUGACCAUGUCUCAGGAGUGGGUGGACGUCAAGGUCCCGGCUGAGGCCGAGGCUGCCCCUACCGCCACCCCUGCGCCGGCUGCCAAUGCUACUCAGUCCUGGGCUGAUGAGCAACCCGAUGCCCCCGCAGAGGCUCCUGCUGCCCCUGCUGACGAUGGCUUCCACCAGGUGCAGCGCAACCGUGGCCGUGGCGACCGUGAGGGAGGAUGGCGAGGCGGACGUGGUGGCGAGCGUGGCGGCUACCGCGGCCGUGGAGGAUACCGCGGUGAUGGUCAUGGUCGCGGCCGUGGCCGUGGUGGACCGCGUGGUGGUGGCGGCGUGCGCGGCGGCCCUCGACGGGGAGGUGACGAGUCCUAGAGCAUCUCGUCCCUGUCCCAAUGCGUACCAUUGCCAUUAUCAGCAUUCUGAUCUCCUUCUUGUCCCCAGCAUGUGCCGCCGGAGUCCCCACCUGAUGGCAUUAAUUGUGGCGUUUGUCGAUGCGUUCUCUAUUACCAAAAUUCCUGGCUGGCGUUGGCUUAUUUAGGGGCCUAGUGCAGGCUUGCUGAACUUUCACCCCCAACUUUCCGCCCCCUUUCAUGAAGCAACUACCGGCGACAUGGAUACUGGAAAAUUAUUGCUCAGAGCCUGGUUUGGCUUUUGGUUCUUGGUUCGCCCACUUGCUUAUCACCCUACAUGACGCUCACCGGGAUGGAACCUUUGCAUGACUGACGGAUCAUGGAUGGCAUGGAUAAGGGGUAGAUACCUCGUGUAACACCGCGCGGUUUACAUAGAAAGGACAGAGAAAACGAGAUAAUACCCCAUGA